AUGAAUACAAUACCUGUUUAUUUUAAUAACAUAAAUACAAAUGAAGCUAUAGAGAAUGAACAUUUUGUUCGUGCAUUUCACUGUUUUUUCGAAUUGUUUUCAAAGCCUAAUUUCAACAAUGAAAAUAAAUUAUUACAUAAUACGAAGUAUUUGAGUACACUUGAAAGUGAACCACCAUUUUUACAAUCAUCAAUAUUAAAUAACAUAAAUGAUCACUGUAAAGUAUACGAUAAUACUGAUAUUACUGCUACUACUACUACUACUACUACUACUACUACUACUACUACUAAUAAUAAUAAUAAUAAUAAUAAUAAUAAUAAUAAUAAUACUAUUAAUAACAAUGAUGAUACUAAUAAUAAUGAGAGGAAUAAUUUAAAUACUAAUAACUACAUAAAUCAUGAAAGUUGUAGUGCAUACAAUACAUAUCAAUCAUUAUUUUUAUCAGGACUUCAGAAAACUUUCCGAAACCAUUUCAUCAUUCCACAAUAUGCUUCCUACAUGAAAUGGGAAAAAUUUAAUGAUGUAUUAAAAAUGGAAGAAAAUACAAAUGAAAUUCCUUUAGAUUUAAGUGUGUCAUCUAAUCCUUAUAAGUCAUUGACGCAGUCAAUAAAUACUACUAUACAUACAACACCUCAUGAUAUUGGUAGUAAUAUAAAACUAAGAGAAGACAAUAAUAAUAAGCAAUUGAUAUUUUGUCAACUAAAUUGUGAAUAUUCUCAAAGAAAUGAACAUACUAAUGAUGACAGUUUAUUAAACCAUCUACAUUUAUCCUAUGAUCUCAGUAUGAAAAGAAAAAGAUCGCAUAAACGUUUUAUGAAUAGAAAAAAUGCACUUGUGACUGCUAAUGAUGAUCAUAUUAGUAAUUCAAACAAUUAUUGGAAGAGAAAGCAAUAUACUGAUGUUGAUAUGAGUAAAAAUAUAGCGCAUUUUAUUAAGUUGAAUAGACGAUCUAACAAAUUGGAACAAUCGCCAACUGUCAAAUCAUCAUCAUUGUCAUCAUCCAUAACAACAUCCCUACCAACAGUCAAUCAUAUUGAAUGUAGUCCACCUGGCAAACAACCAGUGACUCGAUGUAAUCAUUGUCAUGUUCUAUUUCCAUCUUUGUACGAAUUAAAUAAUCAUUUUAUCAAAGAGCAUAAUGUUAUAUUGCAAGCUGAAAUGGAGCAUACAAAAUCGUGGAAAUCACAUACAAUAGAUGACAGUUGUUUACAAAACAUGAGGAUACUAUUGAAUCGUUCAACUAAUAUGAACAUGUCUGGUUAUCCAUGUCCAAACUGUGAUUAUGUAGCUAAAUGGCCAACAGAAUUACAAAAGCAUAUUAUGGUUCAUUCAAAACAACGUCCACAUCGCUGUAUUAUAUGUGGAUUAUCAUAUAAAUGGAAAUGGGAUUUAGGCAGACAUUUUGAUAAAAGUCACAACAGAACAAUGAAUCCCUAUAAGAAAAAUGUAUUCAAUCAUAUACAAAAUCAUAAUAAUCGAUUAAAAUCUGUGAAUAAGACAAAUAUGAAAACAAAAAAGUUGUUGCCUGCUCAUAAAAAGGUAGAUGAGGUUUCAAAAUGCAAUUAUCAGUUGACUCACUCAAUGGGGAAUCCUAAAUUACUUUCAACAUCAACAUACAUCAUAUCAAACCAACAAAUCGAAAUUUGUAAAACAUUAACACAAGAUAAGACAAUAAAACCGAUUGAUUUAACAAGUUAUACUCAAAUGAAUAUUGUUUAA